CACGCUCGCGCACGGACGUAUCGCCGCCAUGGCAGAAUUCACGCAAACGCAAAACUCCAUCCUCCGCAUCAGCGAUGAAAAAACUCUCCAACUCAUAGAGCUUUACGAACAAGAACAGUGCCUUUGGAACACACACAUUCCAGAGUACAAAUGCAGAGAGAAGAGACAGAAAGCGACUGAGAGAAUCGCUCGGAAACUCGAUAUUAAACACUUUGAAGCCCGCCAUGUUGUGAUCAAGUUUAAGAAUUUGAGGAACUCAUAUUGCCAGGAGCUGAAGAAGAUAGCGUCGAGUAUCAGCAUGGGCUUGAGCGAGGACGAGCAGUACAGGCCGAGGGUUUUCUGGUUUUCGAAGAUGGACUCGUUUUUGCGGCCUCAUCUUCAGCCAGCGAGAGGCCAGUCAUUGUCGUCGUCGCACGUGUCGGAGAAUGAGCAAGUGAAGAGCGAAGCGGGAGCUGACAGUGACUCGAAUCAAACCAGCGAAGAUUACUGCAUAAAGGAAGAUAGCGUGAACUCCUUCCCUAUCGUGGAACUAGAUGUAGAUGACAGCGUCCAUUCUGACGAUGAACCACCAAUGAAACGACGCGCUUUGAGAUAUUCUUCCUCUUCUUCUAGAAUGAGAGACGUAUCACAGUCUUUUGUCCAGACCGAUCUUGCUAAGACUGUGAAAGACUUGGAAGCGAAAAUACAAGAGUUAACCAACGAAAGGAAGGAAGAUUAUUAUGAUUCUUUCGGGAAGUAUAUAGCGUCGUUGUUAAGAAGUAUGCCGAAGGAAAAGGCGAUGUUGCUACAGCCUAAAGUGAUAAGUCUGAUAGUGUCCGGGUCUGGGUUAGGAGACGGUUCAGUGAGUCAGUCUGAUACUCGUAUUUAGUUUU